UGCUGCCUUGACUCAUCUGAUCCGGUAUCACAAUGAGGGUGACGACUUCCUGUGUCCAAUUCUGAACCGGGGACGGAUCAUGGUGCCACUACAACGAGCCUGAAACACGACGGCAAAUCUUACAGUGGAAACAUUCGGAUUCACCACCACCAAAGAAAGCAAAGGUCGUCAUUUCCGCCGGAAAGUUGGUGUUGACUUUUUUUCGAUCGUCAGGGCCAUUACUGAUCGAAUUUGCUAAACCUAGAGAGACUAUCAAUCGUUUCCGAUAUUGUGCAACGCCGGGAUCGGCUGCGUGUCGCAAUCAAACAAACGACUUGGAAAAUUGACGAAUUGGGUCAUCUUGCUCCACGACAAUGCCCAUGCCCACGUCGCUGUGGUGGUUAACACAAAACUGGCAAAGUUCAAGUGGGAAAUGCUGCAACAUCCGCCAUGCAGCCCAAACCUGUCGCCUUGCGACUUCCACAUUUUGGUGUAAUUGACAAAAAAAAAACAGCUCAAGGGCACUAGAUUCGUGUCACACGGGGACGUGAAAGAGUCAGUUACAGAAUUUUUGAAGCAGCAACUCAAGGUGCUUUAUGAGACGUAAAUCAUGCGACUCGUUAAUCAGUAGGAAAAAUGUAUAAAUGCUCAUGGAGACUACUUUAUUUUUAAAUAAAGUACCUCCUUUGUCCUAUAUUCGCAUUUGCUCGCUUUCAUUUGACUCGCCCUCGUAUAUUUUGUAGAACUCCUGCUUUAUAUUUCUGCUCUCUAUGGCGACUAUAAUUUCGAUGCAAUUACUCAUGAUACGCGAAUUUUUGGGACAUACGAGUAUAUUCUUUUAUAAACAUACAUAUUUUACGUGUCCUGACGGUGCGUAGCGCUUAAGAAUUCGUUUGCAGCAUCUUUGGCAAAGGCAAGCAGUUGUUAUUCAUGUAUUUGAUCCCUUGACAGAUUCUGUGAGGAGGAGGCCGAGCUGCAACGUGAGACCCCCCUCCCACCUUGAACGAAAUUUCUGGCUACGCCACUGCCCACUACUGCUGGACAGACUACAGUUCUACGAUUUUCUGAGCAGCAGCGCCAUGGUGGUGCGCCAGACUGGCCUGGUGCUGUGGCGGACUUUGUACGUUCAGGCGCUGCGUCGCCACUGGUUUGCCACGCUGUUCGAGCUGCUUCUCGUCACGCUGUGCUUCGUGCAGCUGCGAGACCACACGCGCCCAAAGGCAGUGGUUGGUGGUCGGCAGGCUUUCAACCCGCCGGUCGCGUACGCCCCCCGCCCGCUGAAAGAGAUCGUGGCCGACGGUGCGCACACCGGUGGACCCACCGUCUGCUACGGGCCCAGCACCGAGUCUGCGGAGCGCCUCAUGGACGCCGCCUACCCAAGGCGCGAACGACGCGAUUCAGAAAAAGGUGUGUCCCAUGGGGCGUUCCCGCCAUAGCAGGCCUUCCUGCGUCGUCAUCAGCUAGAUGCAGGCCGACGUUACCUUUAGAAAUAAAUAUGUACCAGAAGAAAACGCCCAUAAGAGGUGCU